AUGUCUAAUCCAGCCCCAUCUACAUCAUUUACCAAAAUCGAUACCGAUCCAGAAUUCUCUAAAGUUGUAAGAUACUUUAGAUCUUCGGAUUACGGAGUCAUUGCUGCCUCGACAUUUUUCUUUCCUGCUCUACUCACUGCUUUUGAAAAAGCCGAACCAGUAAACGGUAAGAGCUUCAAGAGACCACCAGCCUCGAUUCUCAGACUUGGAGGGCUAUUAGGUUUAGUUGGUGGGUUUUUCAUUGCUUACAAUAGAUCAACCCAAAGAUUUUGGGGGUGGUCCGAAAACUCUAGAGAAUUGGCAAAAUACAAGGCCGAAAUUAAGAGCCAAUUGAUAAAGGGUGAGCCAGCUCACGGGAAAUCUUCUUUGAGCCCAUGGUUACAGGAUAUCGCCAACAGAAACUCUCAAAACUCUCAAGUUAUGUUGAGUGUCAUCCCAUGGUUCAAUUUCGUCAAGCACCCAUACCAUGGAAAUGAAAAGUUGAUUGAGGAAAUCAAAGCAGAAAUUGCCAGUGAACAAAAGCAGUAA